UUGGUGGUGGCGGCCGCGCGGAUAAGUUGCGUCCGGGACUCGGGGGCUCCGGCUGCGCCGCGCUUCGCCCGCAGGAGCCGCCCACCCUUUUUGUACUGAUUGGCAUGAUACCAUGGAAGGACAACACAGCCACGCACAUCAUCUUGGGGAUCAGACCAGCAGCCUGUGCCAUAUGCCAGGGACAGAGUAUCAGCCUGACCCCCAAUUCCAUGAAGAUCCCCACUUGAUAGAUCUGUGGACCAUACAGAAAGUGAGACACUUGACUUCAUUUCCCUAUCGCUGUACCUUAGCUGACUUCCAGAUAGAAAAGAAGAUAGGCCGAGGACAGUUCAGUGAAGUUUACAAAGCAACUUGCCUCUUGGACAGGAAAACUGUUGCUCUGAAGAAAGUCCAGAUAUUUGAAAUGAUGGACGCCAAAGCCAGACAAGACUGCAUUAAAGAGAUUGACCUCUUGAAGCAACUGAACCACCCAAAUAUCAUUAAAUAUUUGGACUCUUUCAUUGAAGAGAGUGAGCUGAACAUUGUCCUGGAGCUGGCUGAUGCAGGUGACCUCUCACAGAUGAUUAAGUUUUUUAAAAAGCAGAAACGGUUAAUCCCCGAGAGGACGGUCUGGAAGUACUUUGUGCAGUUGUGCAGCGCCGUGGAGCACAUGCACUCCCGCAGGGUGAUGCACAGAGACAUAAAACCUGCCAACGUGUUUAUAACAGCCACAGGUGUAGUGAAGCUGGGGGACCUUGGACUGGGCCGCUUCUUCAGCUCCAAGACCACGGCAGCACAUUCCUUAGUUGGAACACCUUACUACAUGUCCCCGGAGAGAAUUCAUGAAAAUGGCUAUAACUUUAAGUCUGAUAUCUGGUCUUUGGGCUGUUUAUUGUAUGAGAUGGCGGCUCUUCAAAGUCCCUUCUAUGGAGAUAAAAUGAAUCUUUUUUCUCUUUGUCAGAAGAUAGAGCAAUGUGACUACCCUCCUCUUCCAGGAGAACAUUACUCUGAGAAGUUGCGGGAACUGGUCAGUAUGUGCAUAUAUCCAGACCCUGACCAAAGACCUGACAUUGGCUAUGUACACCAGCUAGCCAAACAGAUGCACAUCUGGAACGCCAGCACUUGAAUCCAGAAGAGAUGCACACAACAAAGCCAUCAUCACUUAAUCUUACUUGAAUAUUCUUUCUCCAAAGAAGCUGACUGGUGGCCCAUGAGUGGAACAACUGAGAAGAGGCCCGGGUAGUUCUGCAGGUUUUUGGUCCUGGCUUUAAAGUGAAGAGGCAGUGCAACCUUGGGGGUGGGAGUGGGAUGAAGGGGGGGUGGGGGGAGAAGCUCAGGACAGUUACCAUUCCUCUUCAGAGAGUCCUUUCUUUAAACAGUUGUGCAUAAUAAAGGAUAGUUCUGUUAAUAAGGGUGUCUCAGGGAAAUUUCCAAUGAAGCACUCUUUGUAUCUCAAUUGUAAUGUGAAAUGCCAAAAAAGAAUUCCUUCAUUGAAUUGUCUGUCAGUGUUUAUACAAAUGUAAGAUUUGCCAUGGACUGGUGGUUUGUAUAACUGCUAAUAACCCUCUUUUGCAAAUGGUUAAUAGUACAUUUAAUCAAGUCCUUCAUAUCCUUUUUAUAUGAUCAAACUCUGUGUGUGGUGUUCUCUGUUGCAAAGUGAAAACGUGGGGAGUAGGAGUAUUGGUUUGGUGGUUUUAAAUUUUUUCAUGGAAAAGUGGAGAUUUUGCUAAUGUUUUAUCAGUUUAUAUCUCAUUAAAUAAGAAGUAGGGAAGAGUUAGAAUUAUAGCGUGGUAGAGCUGGGAGGGACCUAAAGGAUUGUCUAAUCCAACUAUUCAUGUUACAGAGAAGGAAACUGAGGCCCAUAUAGGGGAAGUGACUUGUUCAAGGUCACACUGCAAAUUAUAUGGUCAAGCCAGGACUAAAAUCCACAUUUCCUGGCUCCCAGCCCCAGUCGCUUCCUCUCUACCAGAAAUUCAUGAAGCAAAUUUUCACUAAAGAUCAUUUAUUUUUCUCUCCAAAACUCAUCUGCUUGAAUGUAGCCAAGGUUUCCUCUCAAUGUUUUUGUUCCACCCUUGUCAGCCUUAACAAGUUCAAAUAUUUGUGCUGUUUUUGCUCAUAUACAAAUGCCAACCAAGACUGUGGAUGGCAUCAUUCAAGAGAAAUGUCCAACUCAGUUAUGUACAGAAAUGUUCUGCUUAUCUUGUUUUCCCCAACAGGAUUAGUCCAGGUCUAAUUAACUGUGAAAAUGAACUUAUAAAUGUGAACUCAUGGUAAACGUAACCUUUUGAAGGAUGUGGAUGGAAUGUGUUUUUAUACAUAGACAAAACUGUCAUUCCUGGGAGCUGGCGAUGCUCCAGUGGGUCAGAGUGAAAAGGACUCCCUGGUUGGUGGGAUUCCUGCUUGUCUGAAGUAGAGCUAUGGUGAGGCACUCGAGCAGGACUUUGUGCUGUUUGAUAUACUGCCUCAAACCCACCCCCGACGUGUGAAAUUAUUUCUGUGGCCACAAUGUAGGGUUUUGAGAUUUUCUUCAAAUGCAGUGUCUGCUUUGUUCUUAAUAUUUGUUCUCCAAUACUGAAAUAAAAACUGGGGUAAGAAGGGUUA